CUCAUUCUCUCGUAUAAUGACGAGCGAAGAACACAAGAUACUUUGAACAUCACCGCGAUAUUACGAUAUUAUCAUUCAUCCUCCAGCGGGAUUUAUCGGUAAGACACCUUCUCUGCGUGUUUUCGUGCUGCGCUGGUUCGGGAUGCUGCUUUUGCUCACGGUUUGUGUCCCAACAAUGGAUCUACUUGUAUGAAAUAGUUCACCUUUAUCCUGCGGGACCGGACCGGGACUCGCGGUGCACGCGAUUGUGUACGGUCUCAUCGCGGAUCGCGAUGCGCAGUGACCAAGAUUCGGACGAUUAAUCGAAUCGGAUUGAUUCGGAUGAUUAAUUCAGGUUAGAUAAGCGAUUGAUGGAUUCAUAGCUGUUGAUUUUCCUGUGCAGAUCUGUGGACACAACAUAUAUGCAGAGUCUCAGAGUUUGAUGGCUGGUUGGGUCAGUGAGGGUCCUGCAGGAUGAAUUCUUUCCCGCCAAUAGACAGACACAUCCAGCAAACUAAUGACCGACUGCACUGCAUCAAACAGCAUCUGCAAAAUCCGUCAAACUUCCAGACUGCGGCGUUAGAGCUGUUGGACUGGUGCGGUGAUCCUCGAGCGUUCCAGCGGUCCUUUGAGCAAAGUCUGAUGGGAUGCCUAACGGUGGUGAGUCGUGUGGCGGGGCAGCAGGGCUAUGACAUGGAACUUGGGUAUCGAUUACUGGCCGUCUGUGCCGCAAACCGGGACAAAUUUACCCCCAAAUCAGCAGCUCUGUUGUCCUCAUGGGGUGAGGAUCUGGGUCGACUUUUACUGCUGCGCCACCAGAAGAACAGACCAACUGAUCCGUCGGUGAUGAAGAACCAGAUGCAAGCAAACAUCAGCAACAUCAAACCGCUGUCACACGGUGAUGCACCGUUUCAAUAUGACUCUGUCUCCUGGCAACAAAACACCAAUCAACCAUCUAGUUCUGUCUCCGUGGUAACCACUGUAUGGGGUGUGACCAAUACAUCACAGACGCAAGUGUUGGGGAACUCCAUGGUCAACACAAACAGCCAUAUGAACGCAAUGGCAGGGGGUAAUGGGGGUUUGAACCCGGGGCAGUUUUCUGGGCAGCAGUUUGCCUCUAAGGGUAACCCUAAUCAAGCAUACAUGCAGCAGGGCAUGUACGGGCGACGCAGCUACCCUGGCGGAGGAGGAUUUGGGGGCAGUUACGGGGGCGGUCCUAACCCCACAGGUGGGAUGGGCAUGUCUUCAGAGACACGCCCCCAUUCUGACUUCAGCCAACCAGCUGCUGCCGCUGCUGCUGCUGCUGUGGCUGCUGCUGCUGCCACGGCAACAGCCACGGCCACUGCAACUGUUGCCGCCUUACAGGAGACGCAACACAAGGACAUGAAUCAGUACGGCCCGAUGUGUUCGUCUUUUCAGAUGGGACCAACCCAGACGUACAGCACUCAGUUUAUGAAUCAGCCCGGACCCCGGGGGCCCCCUGCCAUGAACACAGGGGGCAUGAACAUGGGGCAGCCUCGAGGGCAGAUGGCACACAUGGGGCAGUACGGGGGUCAUCCUCAGAGGAUGCCACAGCAGUGUUACGAUCCCGGGCCACGACCCAUGCAGGGGGUGAAGAGACCCUAUCCGGGAGAGGGGAACUAUGGAGGGCAGCAGUAUGGAAACGGGCAGUUUUCCACUCAACAGGGGCAAUAUCCUAAUUCUACCCCCACCAGAGCCCUGUCCUCACCCCAUUACCCCACUCAGAGAAUGCCAGGACAGCCCGGGACUCCAGAACUAUACCCGUCCAGUGGCGCGGGACAGUUCUACAAGGAGCCCAAUAAUAACUGUAACACAGUGAACCCUCAAUAUAACCAGCCCAACAUGAGCGGGCCUGCGCGGUCGAUGGGCGGUUACCCCCACUCUCCCUUGCCGGGCAAUCCCACGCCCCCUGUGACUCCAGGAAGGAACAUACCUCCGUAUAUGUCACCAAACCAGGACGUGAAGCCGCAGUUUCCUCCUGAUAUUAAACCCAACAUCAAUGCGCUUCCUCCACCUCCAGGUAACUCUAACGAGGAAUUGCGCCUGACGUUCCCGGUUCGGGAUGGUGCGGUUCUGGAACCGUUCAGACUUGAGCACAAUCUGGCUGUCAGUAAUCAUGUCUUCCACUUGAGACCCACCGUAUACCAGACACUCAUGUGGAGGUCUGAUCUGGAGCUGCAGUUCAAGUGUUAUCAUCAUGAGGACAGACAGAUGUACACUAACUGGCCGGCGUCGGUGCAGGUCAGCGUCAAUGCUACACCCCUAACCAUCGAACGCGGUGAAAAGACUUCACAUAAACCCCUGCAUCUUAAACACGUGUGUCAACCCGGACGCAACACCAUCCAGAUUACCGUGACAGCGUGCUGUUGUUCGCACCUGUUUGUCCUUCAGCUGGUGCAUCGGCCGUCGGUUCGAUCCGUCCUGCAGGGUUUACUGAAGAAGAGACUCCUCACCGCAGAACACUGCGUCAACAAAGUGAAGAGGAACUUCAGCAGUGCGGCGGUCUCGGUGGGCGGGGCCUGCUUGAGCGGCGAGGAUGGGGUGGAGCAAACGGCCAUCAGAGUGUCUUUAAAAUGUCCAAUCACGUUCCGGCGCAUUCAGCUGCCGGCGAGAGGCCACGACUGCAGACACGUUCAGUGUUUUGACCUGGAAUCGUAUUUAGAGAUGAACUGCGAGCGAGGAACGUGGAGAUGUCCAGUGUGCAAUAAAACAGCUCUGUUGGAAGGUUUGGAGGUGGACCAGUACAUGUGGGGAAUCCUGAAUGCUCUACAAACUUCAGAGUUUGAGGAGGUCACGAUCGACCCGUCCUGCAGCUGGAGACCCGUGCCGGUAAAAACUGAGCUGCACAUAAAGGAGGAUCCAGACUGGCCGACGUCCAAGCGCUUCAGAACCACCAGUCCCAGUCAGAUGAUUCUGCCCAAUGUUUUGGACAUGAUUGCUCAGCUGGGACCUGGAGCCUCUCCGUACCGCAACCAGAACCCAAACCAUCAGAACAACAACGCAGGCAACAGUUACCCAAACCACAGCAACUUUGGUGACUAUUCCCAUGGCAACCCUGCAGCAUCGUCAGUAAACGAGUUCAUGCAGGGUAACCCGCUCUCCCACCAACCGACAGACCUGCCCGCCUCUGAGAGCAUGCUGGCACACACGCUACACAACAUGACGCCUCAUCCAGUCCACCCAGACCAAUGCCACAAUCCCCUGCAGCAUCACAGCGGCCCGCCCAUCCCCUGCAGACCGCCACCCAGCCGGCAGGACUCCGCCCCCAGCGGCAACAUGCACCCUGAAAUGACCUUUAACCCCUCGGCCAGCCUGGAAUGUAGCUCGGACAUUCCCGAGGCCUCUUUAGAUCUGCUGCCCGACCUGAUGAAUCCAGAUGAUCUUCUGUCAUAUCUUGAUCCUCCAGAUCUUCCCAGCAGCGGCAACGACGAUCUGCUGUCUCUCUUUGAGAAUAACUGAGAAAGACUGUUGACCCUGAGGUCAAACUGCCCAUUAGCAGCUCCUUUAUACUUGACAAACACAAAUGCACUUACUAUUAUCUUCUUCCUGUACAGACGAGAGAUUUCUAAACCAGCGUGGAGAGACGUCGUCCAGGCCGCACUGCAGCAAAAUUAUGUCUGUUUUAGUUUUUUACCGCGAGUUGUUUAAAACUAGUAAAUGUGAGGUAGCGUGUGCGGAUCUUGUUCUGAAACACAGACAAACAAACGUCCGCUAUUAUACUGCGUGCAACUCCAUGUUAUUGUUCCAGUUUUGGGUUGUUUAUAUUUUGUUGUUGUUGUUUUUUUUCCACUCAAACCUGCAGUACAGUUUCGUCCUUAAAGGGACAGUACACCCAAAAAUGAUAAUUCUCUCAUAAUUUACUCACCCUCAUGUCAUCCCAGAUGUGUAUGACCUUCUUUCUUCUGCAGAACUCAAAUGAAGAUUUUUAGUCCUUACAAUGCAAGUGAAUGAAUAGUGGCCAGAACUUUGAAGCUCCAAAAAGCACAUAAAUGCAGCAUAUCUUAUCCAUAUGACUCCAGUGGUUUAAUCCAUGUCUUCUGAAGCGAUAUGAUAGGUGUGGGUGAGAAACAGUCCUUUUUGACUAUAAAUCUUCACUUUUACUUUCACAUUCUGAAAGUGAAAGUGAAAGUAGAGAUUUACAAUAAAACAAUAUUUAAAUAUUGAUUCAUGUUGUAAUGGGAGCAUUUGAAACUCUCCUUCAUAAAGACCUUUACGGAUCUUUUUUUGUGAAUCAGUGAUGCAGAGUGCGUAUCAAACUGAAUUUCAUAAAGCGAGGCUUCGUUUCGCCAUUGGUUUCAAAACGAUCCGAAAUGUUUCGCGAUUUGAUGCUAAGGGGUGUUGACCCCACAGCGAACUCCCGAAUCUGUGUCAAAUGUAUGGUUGAAACUGAUCUUAAGUCAGUUUAGCAAUAACUUCAAAUUCAUAUAGCUGGUUUCAAUUUAACCCUUUAAGCUCGGAUGGGCUCGCCGAGAAAAAUAAAUUGUCAAUAUAUUAAUAAAUACAGUCUUGAACAACACAAAAUAUGUAUCGUUUGAAAGCCUAGAAGCUCUGCUUACCAUUGCAUGUCGGCAUUAUGACCAAAACUGAACAAGUGCUUUGAAAUUUGCUAGUGCUUUGAAAGUGUUACGUUUUGAUCAUUUAUAUAAAAAAAGUUGCACUAUAAAUGAAAUUAUUGCAAUUAGUAAGAGCAUCAAACUGAUCAAAUAUUCAUGUGUCAUAUGUUGUUAGAAAGCUCUUAUAGAGUAAAAUACAACCAGACUAUUUGUUUUACUCACAGACAAAAAUAUAGCAAGUAACAGCUAAAUAUAUGUAUAUUUGACAGUUAUGUUGGUGUUGCUGAUAUGCCGCGUUAUUGCUUAUAACUUCACGGAACAUAAAACAUCACACAUCAUUAUUUAGAGGAGGUGAUUAUCUUUCAAUCGAGUCCACACACAAGAUAAUCAGAUGUAUAGAUCAUUAGAUAAUCCACAUGAAGCACAAUGUUACAUAUGACCACCAGGAGAUGGCGCCAAAUACACGACACAGACUCAAUGAUGACUCAAAUGACACAGAAUGAAACUCACUCUGUGAAAUCUCAUGACUAAAAUCAUGUCUGCAUGCUAUGCAAACCUUUAGUCAUUGUUGUGUUUGCAUGUGUAAUUAGUUCUUAUGUACAAUUAUUAUCUUUUAUUUGUUUGGAGAGGCUUUUGGACACUAUGAUAAAUAACUUUUGACUGACUUUUGACUGUAUUUCUGUGCAAUGAUACCAAACACCUUUAAUUUCGGGUAUGCCACUGAAACAGGAAAUCUUUAAAAACACCUUCCGAGCUUAAAGGGUUCAUUUGAUAUCGUUUAGUUAUGUUCUCAAAAAUGAAAAUAUAUUGCUUUAAAAAAUGUACAUAGCGUUGUCAUGGUUACCACUUUUCUUCCGAUUGCAUUUACGCCUCUGUGACCAGCAGAUGUCCUCAGCGUGCGGUGUUGCUAGCGCUCGAAAACAGUUUGCGAAGCGGAUCAGUUGAUUCAACGUUUUGGAAAAAUUUGUUUCUCCCGUCACUACUUUUAUGAUACAUUUACGGUCUUUUUUUUUGUCCUUUAUGGAGCUUGACAGACAUCUCAAUGAAUUGAUGUUGUAUGGAAAAUAGUUCCAUGAGCACUACAAUAUGGACUACACAAGGGUGAAUAAAUAAUGUCAGAAUUUUCAUUUUUCUUCCUCAAACUGUUUGUCAAAACAUUGCAGGCUUUCGUCUUACGUCUUAGUACACUACAUCUGAUGCAGUUGUGUUUUUUGAUCUCAUGUAAAUAUAUCAGUGUAUCAUUUUGCACGGUUCCGCGUUUUAAUUUUUCAUCCAUUUUUCUUCACCGCUGUAAGUCCAUGAAUAUUCAUUAUGUGUGAGUGAGAGCGUGAAAGAGACCAUCUGUUCGGAAUGCAAUCAUAGCAUACUGCGUACUGAACACUGCACAGUGUAUACUGUAUAUUGCACACUGUUUUAUGUUUUUUAUAUGUGAAUUAGUAUGUACAGAGAACCUUUUGAAACAGUAGUGUGCUACUGUUGUCCAGUUGUCAUCUUGGAAAUAAAUAUGGCUAUUUCA